UAACUUUGAGACUGUAUAAAUCGUUGGAUAACUCGCUCUCUGGACAGCAUUUGAAGUGUAGUGACAGAAGAUCAAAGAUAUUUGUUUUAUUCUUGUUCAUUAAAAAAAUGAAACAAAAACUAUAGUUUAAAAUAUGAAGGAAAAAACACCCCGUAUCUUGAACACUUUCUUCGUGAACGCGCACGAGGCACGUCAGGUGCAGGCGCGCUCCCGGCAUCUGCACAUGGGUAGGCUAUGUGAGCGGCGUUUACAAUCCGUCUGAUCUUCACUCGAACAAGUGCACAAAUCUCUCUCCGGCGCUUUAAAUCAAUAAUAAUAUUGAUGAUAACAAUAAGGCGUUUGUUUACAGAAGAAGAGAUAAAGACAUCUGCAGGUAAUAAGCUUUCUCAAUUUAUUUCCUCGUAGUAUGACAUGAUGUUGUAGUAGUUUGAUGCCUGACAAAAACUGAGGUAAAGUGAGCUUUAUGUCUUCCGUCAUAUCUAUUAAUAAAAAUAUGUGUCUGUGUGUAUACAUAUAAUUAUUUUAUAAAGAUGUUGAUGAUGUUAAAAGACUAAUGUAAACAAUUAUGUAAAUGAAUUACAUUACAUUACAUGUAUUUUACUGCGUUGACCGAAAUAUUUAUAUAUGACAGAUAUGACUGUUAUAUAUGCGGGGAAGAUAUAAUCAUUUUUUAAAUGGAUUUUUUACUUUUACAUUAGUCAUUUAGCAGUCGCUUUUAUCCAAAGCGACUUACAAGGAGUGUAAGGAGCAAUAAGCGAUAUGUCAUACAGGAGCAAUAAUACAAUAGGUGCUAAUACAAAGUUACUGCAUGGUGUCACUACCUGUUGAGAGAAAGAGAGAGGGUUAGUGUUUUUUUUGUGUGUGUUUUUUCUUUUAUCUGUCAAGUAUUCACAGAAGAGAUGGGUUUUAAGUAUUUUUUUUAAUGUUUUGAGAGAUGUGGUUGACCGGUCCGAGUUAGGAAGAAUGUUCCACCAGGAAGGAGUUGUGAAUGAGAUUUAUUUACAUUAGCCAGUGUUUUUCAAACUAGAUAGAUCAUGUGACCGUGAAUAUUCAGUGAAAGAGAUGGCCUACACACUGUAAAACAUUCUGUAGAAAUUACAGUAUUACUGGCAGCAGUUUGCCAGUAACUUACUGUAGAUUUACAUGUAUGUAAUUUACUGGCAACAGUUCGUUCAAAGAUAAAUUAUCAUUAAACACAAACAAGUCUUUAUAUUUACAGUAAAAAAACUAUAAAAUAACAGCCUCAUGCAAAGCAUUCUGGGAACCAAAAUGAGAAAAAUAACAGAAAACGGCUGAUGAGGAUUUUCCCAGAAUGCUUUGCAUGUGGCUGUUAUUUUAUAGUUUCUGUAAAGAUAAAGACUUGUUAAAGUUGUUCAUGUUAAAUGUUCAUUCAUCUUUGAACAAAGUAUUGCCAAUAAAUGAGACAAAUAUAAAUUACAGUAAGUUACUGGCAAUUAGCUGCAUAACUACAGCAAAAAAACUGUACAGUGUAGGUUUAUUAACCUUUCAGUCAAAAUCUGUACAAAUGAUGUAAAUGUUGUCUAUGACAAAUUGUCAAAAUGAUGAUAAAUGAAUGGCAAGAUCUUUUAAAAUGCUCAGGUCUGAAAAAUAUUAAUAGUAAUAAUAGAAAUAUUUUACCCUGCUUGUAAGACUUCACAAAGCCAGCUGUGUGUGUGCGCGUGUUUGUCUCCCCAUCCACUAAAUCCUCCUGACACGCUGGGACUGUGUGCGGUCUCUAUCAUUUGACAUUGUGAUCUGCAGCUUAAUGCGCUGGUCUGAAACCAAAUCUGAGAGCGGACGGCGCUGUAUCUGUGGCUUCUGUCAGCGUUUCUGCCAACGUGACUGACAGACGUGUCACAGAGGUUUGCAGAGUUUUGUUUCGAUUUGUCUUCACUCACAAAAGCUUUUUUCCUGUGGCUUUGUGUGCCCGUCCACCGGUCAUCUCAGUCAUGAUGGAGAUGGAUGUCUCUUCUUAGGAGGACGCGUCUGACCUCAGUCAUUUGGGAAUCUGAAUACUCCUCAUCACUUCUCUCCAUCACUUUCUAAGAAUACACAAACAGGUUUUGUGAUAAGCUGAUAAAUCCCUAGGUCUCACCCGGCAGUUCAACCCACGGUGCCCACUGGCCCACAGGACACGUCUCCGUCAUGGGGGAGAGGCAGGGCCGCCCCACGCCCCUCCUAUCCCGCGGACGCACCUUCGGAUGGGCCAGCGACAGCAUCAAGCUGAAAAGCUGCGGUCACAACGGGCACGUCUUCAUGGGCCGGAGCGCGCGGAACAGCCUGGAGGAGGCAGCAGCGCCCAGCGCGUCUCUCACAGCGGCCCACUCUCCUGUUUCACUGGAACUGGAGCCCGUGGUGAAUAAUGGAUCAAGCGUGCCCGUCUCUCCAGGUGGCCACACAAAGGAGCCACCGGCGCACAGCAAGCUCCGCCAGUCGCAUUCCUCCUCUGCUGUCUCCAUCUCCACCGCCCUCGUCCCCAGAGAGACGCCGCGCUCGCCACCCACCGCUCGCUUCCCACGCGGUCCCUACCACACCAAGACUAGCAUGCAGGGUGAUGUGUACAACUUCCUAGAGAGACCCGCUGGCCUGAGGUGUUUCCUCUAUCACUUCCUGGUGUUCCUCAUGGUCCUUGUGUGCCUGAUAUUCAGCGUCCUGUCCACCAUCGAGCAGUAUGCUGAUUUUGCCAGCGGAUCUCUCUUUUGGAUGGAGAUCGUGCUGGUUUUGUUUUUCGGGUCAGAGUAUGUGGUCCGGCUGUGGUCGGCCGGCUGUCGGAGUAAAUAUGUGGGUGUUAAAGGACGUCUGCGUUUCAUCAGGAAGCCCAUCUCCAUCAUAGAUCUGAUAGUGGUGGUGGCGUCCGUUGUGGUUUUAAGCGUUGGAUCUAACGGGCAGGUCUUCGCCACAUCAGCGAUCAGAGGAAUCCGUUUCCUGCAGAUCUUGCGAAUGCUUCAUGUAGACCGUCAGGGUGGAACGUGGAGACUUCUGGGAUCCGUGGUCUUUAUUCAUCGGCAGGAGCUGAUCACCACGCUGUACAUCGGAUUCUUGGGCCUGAUCUUCUCCUCAUAUUUUGUGUAUCUGGCGGAGAAAGACGCCGUGGAUGAAGAGGGGAAAACAGAUUUUUCCAGCUAUGCCGAUGCUCUUUGGUGGGGUGUGGUUACGGUGACUACAAUUGGCUACGGAGACAAAGUCCCUCAGACGUGGAUCGGAAAAGCCAUCGCCUCCUGCUUCAGUGUGUUUGCAAUAUCUUUCUUUGCUCUGCCCGCGGGGAUUCUGGGAUCCGGCUUUGCUCUUAAAGUUCAGCAGAAACAGAGACAGAAACAUUUUAACCGUCAGAUUCCUGCGGCCGCGUCUCUCAUACAGACGCUGUGGAGAUGCUACGCCUGUGAGAAGCCGGACGGCUGCGCGGCCACGUGGAAGAUGUACGUGUUGACGGGCGACUACGUUCCCAUCAUAAGCUCUGAAAACUCCAGUCCUGGGAAUUUCAGACGGCUGAGCAAGCGAUAUAAACGAAAACCCAAAUCCACGCGUGACAACGGUUCUCUGGGUCCGGCAGGAGAGAGAGCGCUCUCCAUCCCUCAGAUCACCUACGAGCACACCGAUGACAAAGAUGCCGUCUUUUCAGAGGAGCCUGCAGACCGCCAGCGCUCGUGGUCGGCUUUCACACUCACAUGUCCUGCUUCUCCAGUAAAGAAAAAGUUGGACGGCCCUGACAUCUCGCGACACAACAGCCUGGCGGAUGAUCUGGACUUCACCGGCGAAGACAUCGCUCUACCUGUAGUGACAGACGCGUCACAUCUGCUGAGAAGUCCGUUUGUGGCAAAGGAGCGAGAGUCCGUGUCCACUCAACACCUGAACUCAAGCAGACUUUCUCACGCACACAAGUCUGCCGUCAAGGUCAUCAGGAGGAUGCAGUACUUUGUGGCUCGACGGAAAUUUCAGCAAGCGAGGAAACCGUACGACGUGCGAGACGUGAUCGAGCAGUAUUCGCAGGGGCAUCUCAACAUGAUGGUCCGCAUCAAAGAACUCCAGAGAAGGUUGGAUCACACGUUGGGAAAACCAGGAAUGUUCCUGCCAGAGAAAGGUGUGGAUAAAGAAUAUCACACAGUUGGAGCCCGACUGAUCCGUCUGGAAGAUAAGGUGCUUCAGGUGGACGUCAAACUGGAGAACAUUUUGAAAAUCCUGGUGGAACAUUACCAGCCCAACGCAGAACUUCCACAGAAACCCAACCAGUACAGCUCCCGGGUGACCGUCAUGAAGCGACUGGGCGUCAGUAUGGACGAGAGCCAAUGAGAAUCACCAUAGACACUCGCAUGUGAUGACCGGGAGCCAGUCACACUAGGUGUUGUGGGAAACAUGGUCCAAAGAGAAGAACGUCAUGUCCUAGCUAUUACACGUCAUGUCUGAGGUCAAGAUCUGGUGAUGGGUUUGGAAUCUACAGGGUUUGACAUCAAUAAAGACUGUUGUCUCUCAGGAUUUCUGUACCCUAUUCUAAUCAGAUCAUGUCAGGACUCUUUCCAGCUUUCACUUUAUCCACGACUAGCUGGCUCAAUUCAUAAUUCAUCGAUGGAUCUCUUUUAUGGUGAGGCUCGUUUUGGUUAUGUGCAGACAAAACAAAACUCACAUACCCACAAUGCCGAGCGCUAUUACGAGAAUGUGUGCUGUUGGAUUUAAACCCACCGUGGAUGUGUGUGUGUGUGUGUGCGUGUGUGUGUGUGUGUG